AUGAGCAACCAGAUUUUGAAGGACUACGUGCGCUGGCACCUGGAGCAGGUCGAGGCUUCAGCGCCCCUCGGCGACUGCGACGGACCCCCGCAGCUGUCUGAAGACAUCUCGGACAUGAUUGAAUCAGAUUCGGUGUCGUGGUGCCGCAGCGUGGACCGGUGCUUGGCCUACACGUUCGAGUCGUACUGCAAGCUCGUGCUCUCCACGGCGAUGCAGCGUGCGCACGCAUCGCACAGCAACGAGGUCACAGCGGAGAGCGUUCGACAAUCGGUGCAGGCGCUGUUCCGCCUGCCGCAGCAAGAUAUCGCAACGCCGGAGGUAGGGGAUCACCACGACGUAGAACGCUGUCUGUGUCUGUACCGCGGGUACGCGACGUGGUACCAGCGGGUGGGACAUCGCAUUUAUGGAGUCGCGCGGCAGCGCAUGAGCAACCUGAGCCUACACCGCCUACAGUCGCGCGCCGGAGCUGCGUACGCCAACCAAGCUCACGCCGCGCGUAAGGCGACGACGAGGAGCGCAGAGGCCGGACUCGAGGGGCGGUACGCGUACUCGGCGCCGCAGCACAAGACCGCCGAAAUACCGUUAAGUCAAGUGUUCGAGACGUAG